CUCUUUUCCCGUACCGCCAAGCACUGCCCGAUUUACCGGCAGCACGGUGGCCCAAGACUUUGAAAAGCAUUUCUGAUUGUUCUAGAGCUGUAUACCUACCUUUGAUUACCUCGGCCUACGACGGCCUUGUGUUACUAUCAUGAAAUCAGCCUUAGCAACGGUACCUUGUUUACGUAUAAUGUCGUGUUCCUGGCAUCAGUCACCUCUUUAUCUAGUACACUACCCCCGUCUCACACGCGCAGCCUGCCUCGACGCCUCCUACGAAGCUUUAGGCAUACACACCAUCAGCCAAGGCUACCUGUCGCUGGACGUAGCUACUCACUAUGCACAACUUACGCCAAGACCUGUCGUCACGCGCUCCGACUUACACGAGAUUCAAAGGGUUGUUCAGCCCCGGCUUUAGAUAGAAACUGCCGUGUCUCGGCGGUGCUACGAAGGGUCUCCAUGCAUACUGUACAUCAUUGGAGACAGUAAGUGACAGUCUCAAAUGUUGGAUUCAG